AUGGCAGAUCCCGUGGCGGUAACUGGCUUUGCCUUCCGCUUUCCUGGAGAUGCUGUUACUGAGGAGGCUUUCUGGGACAUCAUUGCAAAAGGGCAGUCUACAAUGACAGAAGUCCCCGAAAGCCGUUACAACAUCAAUGGCUUUCAUGGGCCGAAGGGAUCGAGUCGAAAUAGUGUUUCCUGCCGUGGCGGUCACUUUAUCAAGGGAGACAUUUCGGCUUUUGAUGCUCCUUUCUUUGCCAUGAGCCCUGCGGAAGCUAGAGCAAUGGACCCUCAACUUCGUCUUAUGCUUGAGACCGCCUACCACGCUCUGGAAUCCGCUGGCCUCACGAUGGAAAAGGUUCACGGGACCAAUACAUCGGUAUACGUUGGCAAUCUUGCAGCCGAGUACUCUUCGCUGUUUACCAACGACGACGAGAUCCAUGCUGCAUAUCAGGCAACUGGAAUGUCAGGGGCCAUGCUGUCCAACCGUAUCAGCUGGUUCUACGAUUUGCAUGGACCAAGUAUCACCAUUGAUACGGCGUGCUCAAGUGGUUUGGUGGGUCUCCAUUUGGCCUGCCAGAGUUUGCUGCAGCAUGAAUCCGAAAUGAGCUUGGUAGGAGGUGUGCAAUUACAACUCAACCCAAGUAUGAUGACGAUGCCAUUAUCACAACAAGGCUUUUUGUCUCCCGACAGCCACUGCUACAGCUUUGAUGAUCGUGCCAACGGUUAUAGUAGAGGUGAGGGAGUGGGAAUUGUCGUUCUGAAACUUCUUUCCAAGGCCAUCGAGGAUGGCGACACAAUCCGAGCAAUCAUUCGUGGCACAUCUACCAAUCAAGACGGCCAUACACCUUCCAUUACACAACCCAGCCACCUAGCUCAGGCAGCUCUGAUUCGCCAGGCAUACAAGAAUGCUAAUUUAGACUUCGAUGACACACAGUACUUCGAAGCCCACGGCACAGGGACAUCUGUCGGCGAUCCGAUCGAGGCUUAUGGGAUCAAUGAAGUCUUCUCCCGACAUGCCAAUACCGGGAAUCCUCUAUUUGUUGGAUCAGUGAAAGCAAACAUUGGGCAUCUUGAAUCCGCAGCUGGAAUAGCAGGAGUGAUCAAGGCUGUCCUAUCUCUAGAGAGAGGAAUGAUCCCACCAAAUGCGCUUCUAAAGAACAUCAAUCGAGCUAUAUAUGCUGACGACUGGAACAUGAAGUUUCCGACUAUGGCCACGCCCUGGCCAACGAAUGGACCAAGACGAGCUUCUGUAAACAGCUUUGGAGUUGGAGGUGCAAAUGCUCACGCAGUACUCGAUGAUGCCUUCCACUACAUGGAGUCCCGAAAUUUGAAAGGAAACCAUAACACACUUACAGAACCCAAGACCAACGGGGUUCGAAAGCAACUAAUAAUAUCGAAUGGUGUCCAAUUAGCUGAGAAUGGUCACACAGAAAACACAACGAGCAACUAUCCACAUCUGCUCAUCCUCUCCGCAGCUGAUGAGGACGGCAUCUAUCGGCUGGCUGCUACUCUAGAAAAGUAUCUCUCAAAGUGUGGCAAUGAGACUACCGAAUACAUUCAGGACCUCGCCUACACAUUGAGCGCCAAACGUAGCAGGUUGCCAUGGAAGGCUUUUGCCGUUGGAUCUACGAUGGAGGAGCUACAAAAGUGCCUCAAAAACAUGCCAAUCAAGCCUGCUCGCUCAAUAAAAUCUCCUAUGAUAUGUUUCACAUUCACCGGGCAAGGUGCACAGUGGGCUACCAUGGGAAUCGACCUUAUCGACCGUUACGACGUUUUCAGAGACACUAUGCACUUUGCGGAUGGGUACCUGCGCUCUCUAGGAUCAUCGUGGUCAAUACUCAGCGUGUUGCGUGCGACCGCGUCUUCGUCCGAGAUUGAUGACCCUGCGAUUGCGCAACCUCUAUGCUGCGCUCUGCAAAUUGCACUCGUUGAUCUAUUGACCUCUUGGGGCAUUGUUCCUGAAGCUGUUGUCGGUCAUUCAUCCGGAGAGAUCGCCGCGGCAUAUAGCGCAGGUCUUCUCUCUAUGACCAGCGCUUUGCGAGUGGCAUACUACCGAGGCGAAGCUACCCGGGCCUUGCUCAAGGAUGACCAGAAGGCUGACAAAGGUGCUAUGCUUGCCGUUGCACUAUCUGAGCUCGAGCUAUCUGCCUACAUUUCUGAUAUCGUCGGUAAAAACGGCGAGGAUUUACUCUCCUGCGGCUGCAUUAACAGUCCUCAGAACACGACUGUGACUGGAGUAGAGACAUACAUAGACGAACUGGCGCGCCGCCUACAAGCUGACAAUAUCUUCAACCGAAAGCUGAACGUCCCGGUCGCGUAUCAUUCGCACCAGAUGCUAAAGGUCGCCGACAAGUACUUGAAGACUCUGAAAGAAGAUGGCCUACAGGCCAGUCCUCAAGAAUACUGGAUCCGCAAUCUUGUAUCUACGGUGAGAUUCUCUGAGGCGCUCGAAAUGAUUUUUCACGAGCAUCAAUCGUCCAGCGAUCCGAAGCCCUUGGCUUACCUUGUCGAGAUCGGUCCCCACUGUGCACUGGAGCGGCCAAUUCGAGACACACUUACGGACAAGGUCGCCUACAGCUACGAUACUACGCUACGCCGCGGAGUGCAUGCCAUUCAAACAAUGCAAAGUCUGUCUGGGAGACUAUUUGCAAAUGGCUACUCUGUCGAUGUGCAAGCAGUCAAUAGCCUACCGGGGAGUCAGAGACAACCUAAAAUGCUACUGAAUUUACCUUCGUACCCGUUCAACUCCUCACGGUCCUACUGGCUCGAAAGCAGGCUUUCGCAAAACCAUCGAACACGUCGUACUCCACGACAUGAUUUUCUGGGAAAUCCAUCAAAUGAUUGGAACCCCAUGAAACCGAAGUGGCGUUUCACGAUUCGUGAAUCUGAUCUCCCUUGGCUAUCUGACCACAAGGUUGACGGCACGAUACUAUACCCAGGCAGUGGGUUUUUGGUUAUGGUUUUAGAAGCCGUUCGCAGUCUCACUUCGGAUAUACCUGGAAUCUCCGGUUAUCGGAUCAGAGAUGCAAAGGUGCCAAAUGCUUUAGUGAUCAAUCCUGAAGAGGAGGGUAUUGAAGCCCAGUUGCACAUGCACUCUCAUGGUGCCAGCUCUUCUAAUCAAGGAGCCCAAUCCUGGGACUUCUGGAUCUAUUCAGUCUCGGGCGCGGACUGGAAGGUGUGCUUCUCGGGCAACGUAACGACCGAAUUGUCUCCAUUGGUUGAUACUGUCUCGGAGGCUUCGUUAUCCCAAAGAAACCAACCACUCCACGAUGACAUGUCCCACUUUGACCAUCAAGAUUCAAAAUCGUUUUACAAAGACCUCUAUCAACAAGGCUUCCAGUUUGGUGAGACUUUCCAAACCCUCCAAACCAUCAAGAUCAACGGAAAGAAGGCCGAAGCGACAGCGAAGGUCGACUUCAAAGACUGGAGGCAGCAAAUGAAACAGCAUGGGAUAAGUGAUCAUCUGAUUCAUCCCGCCACAUUGGACAGCCUAUUCCACGUAAUUUUUGCUGCCCAAUACAAGCAGUCAUCAUCGCUUCCAAGGGUAGUUCCCACGCACCUUUCGGAAGUCUAUAUUUCCCUCGAGCUAGUCAAUGAUAUUCCGAUGGAUACCCUGAGACUCCAUGGCAGUAUCACGGAUAGUGGGCUUUCCGGAAUAACUGGGAAUGUCGAGGCUCGGAGUGGCAUCGAGGGAAAGAUCAUGGUGGACAUGCGUGGCUGCAAAUUAACCACUCUGUUGACAGCUAAGAAGACACAAGACAACAGCAUGCCGCCUACCAGCCUUUUUCAUCGGGUUGACUGGAAACCGGAUAUCAGUUUGCUCUCACGCAGCGGCAUCGAAGACCAUCUUCAAGAGUGCACCCAAGCCAUUGCCAAUGUGGGUGGGGAUAUCAAAGCUGAGAUUGUUUGUCGCCAUUUCAUGUCCACCACACUCGACGAGGUGUCGAAAAUGGAUACAUCGGAUGUAAGCUCUGAACCCCAUCUGAGAAAAUAUUUGGCGUGGGUCAAGAACUUCACCGAAACCGAGAAGGAAAAAACAGCCGCUCUCAUUCUAUCAGUGUGGCCUGAGUUCAGCGAUCCUGACGCUAGAAUCGCCUUAAUUGACGAAUAUGCGCAAACUAUACCAUGGCGAGCAGGUAUCGUGUCAUUUUGCCGGAACCUGGUGGCUAUUCUCCAGCAUAAGGUUGACCCUUUGGACAUCUUGUUCAACCAAGGCGUAGCGGAGAGCAUCUACCGAAGUCCGCUUUUGACUCUCACAGCGGGGAGACUUGCUGCUUACAUUGAUCUUGUCGCUCACAAGAACUCCAAUAUCAAUAUCCUCGAGGUGGGAGCCGGAACGGGGAGUACCACGAGUGCUGUACUUGACACACUUUGCAAGCAUGGGAGAUCUACAGGCGCGUCACCGCGUUUUAACCACUACGACUUUACUGACGUAUCGCCGAGUUUCUUCGCCGUCGCCCAAGAGCGAUAUGUCCAUGUGUCUAGCCGCAUGAAGUUCAAGGUCUUUGACUUGGAGCGCGACCCAGAAGAACAGGGCUUUGAGGCUAAGUCGUACGAUGUCAUCAUUGCAGCAGCGGUGAUACAUGCCACGGCAAGUAUCGAAAAAACACUGGGCUUCCUUAAGAAGCUUCUCAAGCCCGGCGGUCAACUCGUGUUUUCCGAGCCGACAAACCAACGUAUGGCUGCGACUUCAGGUGUCUUUGGCGUACUUCCUGGCUGGUGGCUCUCAACCGAGGAGUACAGAUCAUCAGGACCACUGUUACCUCAACACGAAUGGAACAAAGCGCUCCUACGAACGGGAUUCACUGAACUAGAGGUUGCUUUGGCUGAUGAUGUCGAAGAAACUCAUUUAACCUCCCUAUUGGUUUCUCGUGUCCCCAAUGAUACUGAACCAAACCCCGACCUGCCUACUGCCAUCUUGGUUGAGACGUCCCGCCAGAGAGAACUCGCAGAAAUUCUCAAAUUUAGACUGAGUGCGCUGAGCAAGUGCGAGUACACCGUCUUUUCCGUCGACUCCGUUACUGGCGACCUAUCCGCUUACCAAAGAUGCAUAUCCCUUCUGGAGUUUGACAGUACCAUCUUCUCAAAUCUUACCAAGACGCAAUUCGCCAUCCUGAAAGAGAUACUGAGGGCCUGCAAACAAGUACUAUGGGUCACCACCAAAUGUGGGAGAGACCCCAAUAAGCCAGAAGCAGCCAUGGUAUCUGGAUUUUCGAAAACAAUCACGCGGGAGAACCCAGGCCAAAGUUUCGUUUGUCUCGACUUGAACUCGACGAAAAACACCACGGAAGUUAUCUCGCAGAUCGAGAAUCACAUUCGAAAGAUAUCGCCUAGUCUAGUAGAGACGGAUCUGCUGGAAGAGGGAGGUGUAGUCUACAUUCCCCGGGUGGUUGAAGCUCCUGAGAUCAACCGUCUUCGGGACGAUUCUCUACAUGGAUUUAGCCCUGUGCCUAGCGAGACAAAAGAAGUAGAGGAUCCACUUGAAUUGCGUUUCACGCCUGGUCAACUCGAUUCGUUUCAUUUUGGCCCGGACGCUUCAGUCAAAGUUCCACUGGCUGAUCAGGAGGUGCUCAUCGAAGUGAAAGCAGCCGGGAUUAACUUCAGAGAUGUCAUGGUCGUUCUCAACCAGCUCCCAGCGAGCUACUUUGGCUACGAGUUCGCUGGCAUUGUCACCAAGUGUGGUGUUAAUUCUAGUUUCUCCCCAGGAGACAGAGUUUGCGGUCUCGCUACGAGUGGAAGUUUCCGUUCCUUUGUACGCGCAAAGGAAUCGCAUGUCAUGAGAAUGCCUUCGGAUAUGCCAUUCACUGAGGCGGCUGCGGUGCCUUUAGCAUUCGCCACGGCUCAGUAUUCUCUGUGCCAUGUUGCUCGAUUGAAACAGGGCGAAAGUAUUUUGAUUCACAGUGCGGCUGGUGGAGUAGGCCAGGCGGCAAUCCAGAUUGCCCAGUCCAUAGGUGCCAUCAUCUAUGUAACUGUCAGUACUCCUGAAAAGAAAAGAUUGCUCAUGGACCGCUACGGGAUUGCCGAAAGCCAUUGCUUUUCCAGCCGGCACACAUUCUUUGCGCAGCAAUUGAUGCACAAUACGACAGGACGGGGUGUAGAUGUGGUCCUCAAUUCGCUCACGGGUUUGGCACUGACAGAAACCUGGCGGUGCAUGGCCCCGCUCGGGAGGUUCGUUGAGAUAGGCAAGCGGGACAUUGCUGCCUCCAAGAGUCUCCCCAUGGACCCGUUCGAACGCAACGUUUCAUACUCUUCAGUCGACCUUUCCAUCGUAAGUAAGCUCAAUGAGCAACUAAUGGCCCAGAUUGUGCAGGAAGUCGAACUGCGUCUUCUGGACGAUGUAUCGCAACAGCAAAUGGCACCUUAUCCUUUAUCAGUUUUCACCCGGUCGAAGAUCGAGGAUGCAUUCCGCUUCUUGCAAACAGGUCAACAUACAGGAAAAGCAGUUGUGGACUGGGAAACUCCAGAUACUGUCCAGGUUAUCCCCAAGAACCCUCUGAACUAUAGUUUCGACAGCAAUGCUACUUAUGUAAUAACUGGCGGUCUUGGGGGCAUAGGAAGGAGUCUGGCAAUGUGGUUCACCCGUUCUGGCGCGAAACAUCUGGUCCUUCUUUCACGCUCCGGGCUUAAGUCAGACGCAGCCAUUGAGUUGGUUUCAAGCCUGGAGAAGAAAGGAGUUAAUGUAUACGCGCCCGCUUGUGACAUCUCCAAUGAUGACGAGAUCAGAAGAGUGAUCGAACAUGUCCAAGAUACAUGGCCACCAAUCAAAGGGUGCAUUCAUGGAGCAUUGGUAGUCAAAAACCGCAUCUUUCAUGACUACUCACUUGAGGAAUUUCAGGAGAUCAUGAUACCUAAAGUGCAAGGAACCUGGAAUCUCGACAAGUAUCUCCCAGACAGCAUGAACUUUUUCGUCAUUCUGUGUUCUAUUGCCGGCGUGUGCGGCGCUGUUUCGCAGAGUAGUUAUGCUGGCGCGAGUACAUUUCAGGAUGCAUUUGCACGGUAUCGUCAUGCCCGAGGUCGACAUUGCGUCUCGCUGGACCUAGGGAUCGUGCAGGACGUUGGAUACGUUGCCGAACGUGUUGACGUCGCGAGAUUCUUAGCCAUGUCCAUGGCCGACCAUAAAGUACUUACCGAGGAGGACCUACAAUUCAUGGUCAAGUACGCAUGUAGCCCCCAUAGGCAGGUGUCCUCGCCAUGGGAAACGCAGAUUAUUGGCGCAUUGACAACUCCCUCCUUUGUCCGACGCUAUGGCAACGUCGAGGACCAUAUAUGGAUGCGCAUGCCCAUGUUCUGUCACUUGUACCAGAUGGAGCAAGAAAACGACAAGCCUACAGCGACGCGCUUGCAAGCCGACUCGGUUGAAUCGCAGCUCGCUAAGAUAGAGACUCUGAACGAGGCUGCAGCAGUCAUAACAAGAUCUUUGGCGAACCGUUUGGCCCGGGCACUGGCUGUACCUGUUGAGGAUAUUGAUACAAACAUGCCACCCUUUACCUUCGGUGUAGAUUCACUUGUUGCUGUCGAACUCAUGUUCUGGUUCUCCAACGAGAUAAGAGCCGAUAUUCCAGUUGUGCAGAUUCUGGGGAACUCAAGUGUGGCGAAAUUGGGGGUAUACGCAGCCGGCAUGAGUGAAUAUGUCCCCACGAGCAUACGUGAAGGGGCUGGAAGCGGUAAAAAGCUAGAAGUCAAUGGUAUGUAG